CAACAUUCACGACUACUAAUUCCACUUUAUAAAAUUCCCACUCAAAACAUUCCUCUAAUUUUUCCUGUUCAAAAUGGCUACGACGACGAACCUCCGUCUUCCUCCGCCCUCCAACAACAGGGCCGCCUUGCUAUCUCAACCACCGCUCUCCCUCAGCUCUUCUUCGGCCAAAUCCGUACCUCUCAAAACCCUAACUUCCUUGAGAUUUUACAAGACUGAUGUGUCUCUCACUACAACACUCCAGCUGUUCGGUACCACGUCGAGCUCGUUUCUUGUUCGAUGCCACGCUUCAAGCGCUGGAAGGAUGCAGCCUCAAGAUGUGUUUGGGAAACAAUCAAUUACUCAACAAGAGUUCACUGAUAUGGCUUGGCAAAGUAUUGUUUCUUCACCAGAAGUGGCAAAAGAUAACAAGCAUCAAAUAGUCGAGACUGAACAUUUAAUGAAGGCCCUUCUGGAGCAGAAGAAUGGUCUUGCUCGCCGUAUUUUCUCCAAGGUUGGGGUAGACAAUACCCGUCUUUUAGAAGCCACUGACAAGUUCAUCCAACGCCAACCCAAGGUUCUCGGUGAGUCAGCUGGUUCAAUGUUAGGACGGAAUUUGGAAGCCCUGAUACAACUAGCCAGGGACUACAAAAAAGAGUACGGUGAUUCAUUUGUGUCUGUUGAGCAUUUGGUGCUUGCUUUUACGCAAGACAAUCGAUUUGGAAAGCAAUUGUUUAAAGAUUUCCAAAUUUCCCUUAACACCUUGAAAAAUGCCAUAGAGGCCAUAAGGGGACGUCAAACAGUCAUUGACCAAGAUCCUGAAGGGAAGUAUGAAGCACUGGAGAAAUAUGGAAAGGAUUUGACUGCUAUGGCAAGAGAAGGAAAGCUCGAUCCUGUUAUAGGAAGAGAUGACGAAAUACGCAGAUGUAUCCAGAUUCUCUCGCGGAGAACAAAGAACAAUCCUGUGCUAAUUGGUGAGCCAGGUGUUGGGAAAACUGCAAUUUCUGAAGGGCUUGCCCAAAGAAUUGUGCAAGGGGAUGUGCCUGAAGCUUUAAUGAACCGAAGGUUGAUAUCCCUCGACAUGGGUGCACUCAUUGCUGGGGCAAAAUAUCGUGGGGAAUUUGAAGAUCGGCUGAAGGCUGUGCUGAAGGAAGUAAAAGAUUCAGAUGGGCUAAUUAUUCUUUUCAUUGAUGAAAUUCACACAGUUGUUGGGGCAGGUGCAACUAACGGUGCAAUGGAUGCUAGCAAUCUAUUGAAGCCCAUGCUUGGUCGUGGAGAGUUGAGAUGUAUUGGUGCAACAACAUUGGAUGAAUAUCGUAAAUAUAUUGAAAAGGAUCCAGCCUUGGAACGCCGUUUCCAGCAAGUUUAUGUUGAUCAACCUUCAGUGGAAGAUACGAUCUCUAUACUUCGUGGACUGCGCGAAAGAUAUGAGCUACAUCAUGGCGUUCGUAUUUCUGACAGUGCUCUUGUUGCAGCAGCAAUCCUCUCAGAUCGUUAUAUCAGUGGACGUUUUUUACCUGACAAAGCUAUUGACCUAGUUGAUGAAGCAGCUGCUAAACUGAAAAUGGAAAUCACUUCAAAACCUAUUGCCCUUGAUGAGAUAAAUCGUGCAGUGGUGAAGCUGGAGAUGGAGAGGCUUUCUCUUAUGAACGAUACAGACAAACCUUCAAAAGAUAGGUUGCAUCGCAUUGAGGCAGAGCUUGCUGUCUUAAAAGAGAAGCAAGCACAGCUAAAUGAGCAGUGGGAACAUGAAAAAGCUGUCAUGACACGCAUACAGUCAAUCAAAGAAGAGAUUGACAGGGUAAAUCUUGGGAUACAACAGGCUGAGCGGGAAUAUGAUCUUAAUCGUGCCGCUGAACUCAAAUAUGGGAGCUUGAACUCUUUGCAGCGUCAACUCAAAGCUGCAGAAAAGGAAUUGGAUGAGUAUAUUAAAUCUGGGAAGUCCAUGCUCAGGGAAGAAGUCACUGAGAAUGAUAUUGCUGAAAUUGUCAGUAAAUGGACGGGCAUUCCUGUUUCGAAGCUACAACAAUCGGAGAGGGAAAAGCUGUUACAUUUGGAGGAAGAGCUGCAUAAACGUGUCGUGGGCCAAGAUCCUGCUGUGAGGUCCAUUGCCGAGGCUAUCCAGCGAUCUCGAGCAGGCCUUUCCGAUCCUCACCGUCCUAUUGCUAGUUUUAUGUUCAUGGGUCCUACAGGUGUUGGGAAGACAGAACUAGCAAAGGCACUAGCUGCCCACUUGUUCAACACCGAAGAAGCUCUUGUACGAAUCGAUAUGAGUGAGUACAUGGAAAAACAUGCUGUUUCAAGAUUGAUAGGUGCCCCACCUGGUUAUGUAGGGUACAAGGAAGGUGGACAAUUGACGGAGACAGUUCGCCGGAGGCCAUAUUCGGUUAUCUUAUUUGACGAGAUAGAAAAAGCCCAUUCCGAUGUGUUUAAUGUGUUGCUUCAAAUUCUGGAUGACGGAAGAGUUACUGACUCACGAGGUCGUACUGUUAGUUUCACCAACACUGUCAUCAUUAUGACUUCCAACGGGGGCUCUCAAUACAUACUUAACACAGAUGAUGACACCGUGCCAAAGGACUAUGAGACCAUCAAGAAGAGGGUAAUGGAUGUGGCUAGAUCGAUUUUCCGUCCCGAGUUCAUGAACCGAGUUGAUGAGUACAUAGUUUUCCAGCCUCUGGAUCGUGAGCAGAUAAACACUAUCGUCAGGUUACAGUUGGAACGAGUGCAACAGAGGAUAGCUGAUAAAAGAGCCCUUUCUGUAACUGACUCUGCUGUUCAACUCCUCGGAAAUCUUGGGUACGACCCCAACUAUGGUGCUAGGCCGGUGAAGCGGGUUAUCCAACAGUAUGUUGAAACCAAACUUGCAAAGGGCAUCCUAAGAGGAGAGUACAAGGAUGAGGACUCCGUGUUAAUAGACACAGAAGUUUCGGCAUUUUCCAAUGGCCAGCUUCCCCAGCAGAAGUUGGUGUUCAGGAAAUUGGAACCUGAUUCAGAUAAUUCGGCCACAGAAAAACCGAGAAGCAUUUUCACAGACCCUGUGAAUAGAGUGUUGUAUAAUGGAUUUUGUCUCACUACGGGUUUUACAUAGCCACGAGCUAAGGCACCUAGUUUUGUACUGAAUUUUGUAUGUAAAUUUUUUGUACAGCAGCCUGUUGCUUCGGUUGAAACUGGGUGUCCGAGCGUCUGGGAAGAGAGGAUAACAGUCUUCAUUUCCACACUUAGAAGUACGUACGACGGGAAAAUAUUAUCGGGUCGUAAAUGAAAAAUAAAAUAUGAUUACAGAAAAUAAGUUUAUUUAGAUAGAACCAUUACAAAUUUA